AUGAUCCUGCUCUGGACAAUCUCACUGUUGCUGGGGACAGUAGCAGGAACUGAAGUCUGCUACGACAAAAUCGGCUGCUUUACUGAUGACGCACCAUGGUCAGGAGUUAGUGGAAGACCUGGAAAAUCACUGCCCAAAAGCCCACAAGUAGUCAACACCCGCUUCCUGCUGUACACGAACGAGAACCAAGGCAGCUAUCAAGAAAUUGUUGCAGAUGCAUCAAGUAUCAAGAAUUCCAAUUUCAAAACAAGUAGAAAAACUCGCUUCAUUAUUCAUGGAUUUACAAGUUCAGGAGAAAAGAGCUGGCUGUCUACUAUAUGCAAGAACUUGUUUAAGGUGGAGAGUGUGAACUGCAUCUGUGUAGACUGGAAAGGGGGUGCCCAAGCCUCAUAUCCACAGGCUUCACUGAAUACCCAGAUAGUGGGAGCAGAAGUGGCAUAUUUUGUAAAAGUUCUUCAGUCAUCACUGGGAUACUCACCUUCCAACGUCCAUGUCAUUGGUCACAGCUUGGGUGCCCAUGCUGCUGGAGAGGCAGGACGGAGGAGCAGUGGGGCCAUUGGACGAAUCACAGGCUUGGAUCCAGCUGAGCCUUACUUUCAGGACACUAAUGCUUUAGUCCGACUAGACCCAACAGAUGCCAAAUUUGUGGAUGUCAUUCACACAGAUGCCUCUCCUUUCGUCCCCAACUUGGGAUUUGGAAUGAGCCAAAAUGUGGGUCACCUAGAUUUCUUUCCAAAUGGAGGAAAAAGCAUGCCUGAAUGCAAAUCGAGGCUUGCCACGGAGACUGUUGACCUAGAAGAGAAAGGUAAAUCAGAAAAGGCUCGUCUCUCUCUGACCUGUAACCACCAACAAAGUGUGGUGUACUACACGGAGAGCAUCCUGGCCCCGACUGGCUUCACGGCAUAUCCUUGUGCCUCUUAUGCUAACUUCACAGCCAACAAGUGCAAAACCUGUCCCAGUGGAGGCUGCCCGCAGAUGGGACAUUACGCUGACAAAUUUUCUGGGAAAACAAGUGCAGUGAAUCAGGUGUUUUAUCUGAAGACUGCUUAA